GACCCCCCAGAGCAAAGAAAAUGCAAAAAUAUUAAGAGAAAAGUGCUCGGGGAAUUACCUCCAAUAAAUUGGCCUCUUUGAACACUGUGCUUCUGUCCUGGAUACUAAUUUAUUUGCAAUUCAACCAAGAUGAGAAAUUUAAAAAAAACACGCCUUGAGAUAGUAUUUUCCGUCAUACUUUUCUGCAUUACCUCAGUUACAAGUGGAGACGCACUUAAUCUGAGCACAAACGAUGGGGUUGAUUCAACGCUGUCAAUUUUGCAAAAAGCAAUAUCUUCGAGUUACGAAAUAUUUCAAGGUAGACAGCCCAGCUAUGCAUUGCAUAGAAAUUUUGGAGACAGGGUUCGAAUCUUUUUGAAUGUGAAUGAUACAAUGGACCUCCCCACAAUUGAGGUUUCGCCAUACUUUGAAAUCAGAUGUACUGUUAGCAGAUAAACUGAACUAUUUGGACCAACAACUAUAUGGGCGAGUAAAUUGCAUGGCUUAUCGGACAUGGUGGACGACUUCAACAUAAAGUUUAUCAACAAUGAAGGAUAUUUUAUUGCACAUUUAGCCAUCCAAAUUCCCACAUUUAAUGCCGCUGGGGAGUACAUGACGAACUUGACGCUUCUCCCCAAACAUUCGCGAACACCGGAAAUGUAUUUUCUAGGAAAUAGUUCUUACAACUCCUCCAUUUCGUUUCUGGAAUUUGGAUUAGAAGUUGAGGGCCGAGCUUCUGGCUUCGAAAAUAUCAUUAUUCGAAGUGUGAAUCUUUCUUUUGCCUACGAAAACUUUGAUACCCAAUUUUCAAAUCUCACAUUGCGAUCCGCUUCCCGCCCGCCGGGGUCAAAUUUUGAAUGGUUUCGGCAAAUUAAUACGUUUUCUGAAGUUCCUAAAUAUUUCAAGUGGAAUUGGGUGUUAUUUCACACUACUCUCGAUCUUCCAGCUGUAGCAAAUGAAAUUAGUCGAUGUCUAUUACAAAACGUUUUCAGCGAAUGCACGUUGAUGGAGCUAUUAGUUUCAGCGGAAUGCAUGAAACUUAAUAUUGAUGAGGAAUGUUUAAGGACUGACAUUCUCCACAUUUACUUUCCACACCAACCAGGAUCCAGCAAUAAGGAAUAUGGUCAAAGGGUCAGGCGAUCUUGUCCUGAUUAUACUUGCUGCACCAUUCCACCAGAGCAAAAUUUCCUGGUGUCAACUUCAAGCUUGAGGCCUUUGGUCCAGCAAGUUGCAGCCAACUUUGGAGAUUUGUUCUUAUCUGAUGAAGGAAUUUUUGGGCUACCAUCGAAAAAUAUUUCAUUGCGUAAAGCUCAUAACCGGGUGAGGGAAGUAGCCGUUAAUCCUGCGUUGAGUCUUCCAGACAUUGAAGUUCAAGUUAUGUGGACAGAUUUUUAUAGUUCCGUGUUCGGCGGAUUGUUCAGAACAUGGGGAUCUGAAGUGAGAGGACACCAGGAUGGGAGGGAAAAUAUAAGCACUGAAUUCUUAGAUGAAAAUGGCACUUUCGUAGCCGACUAUUACGUCGAAUUCCCAGUCAUUUACCUUAGCGGGAAUUAUGAGUCUGACCUAACGUUGUACGCGCGUGCCAACAGCCAAAUUGAUCGAGGAGAGUGGAGUUUGAUUGGAGCGGGUCAAUAUAAUUGGACUGUAAAAUCCGUCUGGAUCAACGUUCGGGUAUUCGGAAGGGCACCAAUGACUGAAAAAAUGUCAGUUUCAAACGUUGAUUUCAGCUUAGGUAUUGAACGUCUUCAGGAAAGGGAAGGUCUAAAAUUUACCGCCUUGCACAAUUUUAUCAUUACAUUUGGCGGAAAUUUAACGACUGAUAAACAUCCAACCUAUUGGAGAGAAGUGAUCAAUCAUUGCGAUAUUGAGGAUUUCAUAUUCCACGAUAAGGAUAAUGAACUAAACGUCGCGUUCCCAGAAGUUGUAGGAAAACAGUUGCUUUGGACUACGCAGUUGGUAACUGCAAUAUCUUGGACCUACUGGUCUCGCGGGACUGUCUUCGAGUUGACCGAAACGACAAUUGUUUCAGCGACUACGUGAUCACAGUUCGACAGCCAACAACGUGGAGCACGGCAAUGACGAGCGAGCCUGAGACCGAAUUUACCGAAGAUGAAACACCGACCAUAACCACACAUCUUGCAACAUCAACCACUGUGGCUUCUACGACUUCUACAACAGAAGCGCCCGAUAUCCCGGACAACGUAGAUCUUCUUCUGAACCAAACCCAAAUUUUAUUAGAUCAAGCUCAAUUUCUUAUAAAGAUAGUACAGGCACGAAUUUGAUGCUGCAUUUGAAAUCUGAGAUAAAUAUUGCAAUCAUUUGUUAGAGACGUUCGAAAGUGAUUGCGUGGGCAUAUAGAUUGACACAUAGACAUGGAACUCACACCAUCUGUUAGGAAAUGAUAAAGAAAAUCAGCUAAAUCCUUAAUAAUAGCGCUUUAAAUUCUAACUUUCCCUAUAUAAGUAGAUCAGAUUUGCAUACAUAAAUAUAGCCUUAGAGACUGAAUACAAGUACUUGCUUAAUAUCUGCAUAAGUACAUAUGUAUGUAAGUACGCUUUACAUUUACAACACAAUUGACGUCGAAAUUUCAUACUGUAUGUUUGGAUUUAAACAGAAAAUAAACAAAUUUAAUUCCAA